AAAGAAAAAAAUAAUAUUUUCAAUGCUUUUCUUGUCAUUCCUCUCUGAAAUAAAGUUGACAACGCCAAUUAAAUUGAAGCAUUUUAGCUUAAAAAUAGUUACGAAACGAAAGUUUUAUUGAAGAUAGGUCCCAAAAAUGACUGGCCGACUAGGAGUGCUCGUGCGCGGUGUACGCCAAUUUUCCACUACCACCAAGCUUUAUGGAGGUGGACAUGGUAGGCCGGGUUGCCCUGGAGAGAAUCUUCCAUUCGAUUUGAACGCUGGAAAAGUUAAGCUAACAAUGAUCAUGACACUUUUCUUUGGAGUUGGGCUAGGCGCUCCAUGGCUUGUCGUAAUGUGGUCGUUUAUCAAAGGCAAAUAAUAGCUGCAUAAUUUUAUUAUAGAAUGUACGAAUAUUCAAUAAAACUCGUUAUUUUAUAACUUUAGUUCUUGGAAGCUCGCAAGGGAAGGUUUUUAG